AUGGUUCCUAGGAAACCAGCUGGUGUGGUCGUUGGACGAAGCAGUGCCUGCGAUAUCCGUCUAGGUGGCGCUGACGUUUCCUCCAAACAUUGCCAGUUUUCGUUAUCUAGUAACAAUAAGAAGGAGUAUCUUCUACUCACGGACAUGAGCUCAAACGGGACGUCGGUGAAUAACGAGGUCUUAGGAAAGGGCUCUACUGCGCUUUUAAGAAGUGGCGAUAAGAUCACAUUUGCGAAAAGCGGCUCGUACAUCUUCAGGUACCUCAGUGACGAGCAGGAGAAUCUGGUUCAAAAGUCCUUCUUUGACGACUACAUUCUAUUAAACCAGCUUGGAAGCGGACACUAUGCUGUUGUUAAGGAGGCUAGAGACAGAACGUCUGGUGACAUUGUGGCCGUUAAGAUCUUCCAUCCUAGCAAGACCUCAGGACCAGGCAGUUCCGAAGAGGAUGCCAAACUUAAGCAAGAAAUGGCUCUUCUUCUUUCCAUCAACCAUCCAAACAUUGUCAGGUUCAUUUCACAUUACGUGGAACCAAUCAAUGCCUUUUCCUCAACGACAUAUUUGGUCCUUGAGAAGGUCAACAAUGGCGAGCUCUUCCAGCGCAUUAUAGACAAGCAGAAGCUUCGACAAGACGAGACAAAGGCCAUCUUCAAGCAGCUUCUCUCUGGUUUACACUACCUACACGAAAGGAACAUCAUUCACCGUGAUAUCAAACCAGAGAAUAUCCUUCUAGACAUUACUCCCAAAGAUUCAAAUAGACAAGUGGCUACUGGCCCAUGGGACGAGACUGAGUAUGACGUACGCGUCAAGAUUGCCGACUUUGGAUUGGCCAAGUUCAUCGGCGAGCUAAAGUUCACUAAUACACUUUGCGGUACUCCCGCUUACGUUGCACCAGAGGUAUUGAAUAAUAAUCGAAACUACUCCACAAAGGUUGAUAUCUGGCUGGCGGGCGUCUUGCUUUAUGUUUGUCUCUGUGGGUUCCCACCUUUUAGUGACGAGCUUGGGCCACCUAACAUGAGGGAUCAAAUCAUCGAAGGAAAGUACGCUUUCUACUCUCCUUUCUGGGACGAUAUUAGUGACAUCUACUUGUGGUAG